AUGCUCGAGCGUGCUUCGUCAUGCGUUGAGCCAGUAACUCAUCUCCUACUUCGCCGACUGGAGCCUCCUGUCCGAAGCCGUCGUAUCCUUGGGCCGUCUUUUUGGAGGAAUGGUGCAGACGAGCGUUCCGUGCCGCACUGGUGGCCUUUAUACCUGGACAAUAUCAGGGCUAAAUCCCGAAGUAGAGCCCGGGUCGAGCAGGGGCGUAAUCUCGUUGGAUCCCGGCGUGCUGCAGAACAGGCAAGCCACGGCCGCACUGCGUCCUCGUCCUUGAGGUCCGAUGCGCUAUCCAAUUUUGGCCCGCCGCCAAAACGAUCGUCGAGAGCCUAUACAAAGCCCACAAAAUAUGAUGAAAAGAUCCCAAACCCGCGACAUCUUAAUACCAAUGCAGUGGUGGCACACGCGGAUUCGGACGUUGAAGGACACUUGAAGGACUUUCCAAAAUCACGCCGCCAGGGUAUCCUGUCCGCGUGCGUGAACGUGUCGGAUGAUGAUGCUAGCAACGUUGUCUUUGAUCAUGUUGAUCUUUCAAGAGGAUCUGGACACCUGAGCAUCGGACUCUCCGCGCCGACAGGUCCCAAUGCCGACUCGUCGGAUGUUUCCAUACCUGACACGGUCAACGACAUUGAAAGAGAGCUUCGGCAUAGUUUGGACAUCCACGAAUCUCUUGAAUCUGAGGCCAUGGCAACACGAAAUCUCGAAGUGGCUUGGGCUUUGUUCAAGCAACUGCCCCAUCAGGAGGCAUACGCGGCUGAAGUGUUCCGUGUUCUCUCCAGUUCGACCGUCCAGCAAGAUCUCAAGGUUGCGCUACGAGUCUUCAAACUCAUUCCACGUGAGGUACGGGGGGCAACGGACUACGAACGUGCUGCUCGAACGGCGAUUCAGCGGAACGACUAUCGACAGGCGAUAUCGAUCAAUGCAGAAGCGACCUCCCGCCAGUUGAAUCAAGACUGCAGCACGUUUCUCUUAUUGCAUACCGCCUCUCACCAAUUAUGGAAUGCAGCGGUACAAAUUUGGUCCAUGUCCUUCGAGCCUUUGACCCGGGACCGUCAACGGCUAUCUGCUUUGCCAAUUGGGCGAUCACUCCUGAAACACGUCGACAAAUACCAGAAUUUGCCGCUGGCCGUAUCUAAUCUGGCGAAAGAGAUUUUGGAUCGGCGAGCGGUGGUCAUGCAUCAGGCUGGGACUCUCUUGCAUUUGGGCCGCGAACUCUUGCAUGUUCUUGUCAAGAGUGGCAGGCUCAUGCGCGAAAUCGCUCCUGCCUCUUUGAUCUCAACCUUGGAGUUCUACAAGGAACUCGGACUGCUCAAUCCCACGGUCCAUCUGGAUGCGAUCCAUACACUCCUCAGAUCUGCCAGGAGACCAGACCGGGGAGAGCUGGCGAGGCUCAUUUAUCGUCACCUUCGCAACAAUUUCCCGCAAUUCCAACCGCCUCCUUCCAUGUAUGGCUCGGUUUUUUCAAUCCUUUCCGAUGAAGGUGCUCCUUCGGAACUCUACAUGUACUGGUUGCGGCAAUUUGCACUUCUCCACGGCGCCGCGGACAAGAUAAGUUAUCAAAAAGUCCUCACCGCCCUCGCAGCCCAAGGUGAUAUCGACGGUGUCCAAGCUGUAUUCAUGGAAUUGUGCUCCGUGCACUCGCGCCCAACAGACGUUGCUUAUUUCACGCCACUCUUAUACGUGUACGCCCGGUUGGGCAACCCCGAAGGUACUGAACGGGAGUUCCAGAGACUGCAAGACUGGGGACUCAAGCCAACCUUGUAUUGCUGGAACAUCCUGCUCUACGCCUACGCCAGAUCCUUUGCACCCGAGCGAGCUUUUGAUCUCUUUGAAAAAAUGAAGACUGAAGGCGUGCCUCCUGACGUGUACACGUUUGGCACUUUGAUGGGAAUAGUCGCAAGGUCCGGAGAUAUCGAUGCUGUCCUAGAAAUCAUUGAACAAGCGCAACAGUACCAGAUCAAAGGCAGCUACGAGAUGAUCUGUGGCUUAGUCCAUUCAUACUGCCUCAACGAUCAAGCCGACAUUGCUGAAAGGCUUGCUGAAGCCACCACCAAGGCCAAUUUCGAUGGUGACCCGGUGAAAAUGUGGAAUUAUCUCUUGAGACAUUACGCCUUUCAGGCAGAUUCCGAGGGGGUGCUGAGGGUUCAGGAAAGCAUGAACUCCCUCCACUUGAAGCCAGACGAGAUGACUUAUGCCGCACUGAUGGCUGCGCUCGUCGUCAUUGGCAAAACUCGGGAUGCGGCCCAGAUUCUCGACAGUCUCAACGCGAGUGUCACCCUCGCCGCCACGCCUUUCCAUUACUCCAUAGUCCUGCAGGGAUAUGCGCAGGAAGGAAAUCGCGAAAUGGCUGAGGGGGUCUACCGGGAAAUGCGCCAACUGUUUCCGAGGUUGAGCCCUAGCUCACGUCUUGCGAUGCUUCAUCUGCAAGGUCUUCGCAGCCUCGACACAAACGGUUCACCGCAUUAUGCCAGCGACUACCUCGGAGCAAUCCUGCACGAACUGGCAAGCCAGGACCGAGCAACGAGGCUCCCGCAACCCGGGUUCGGGCGGCGUAAACCUGUACAUGCGCUCCCCUCGAUCUAUAUGGAAUUCAUGGCGGGGAUUUUGGCCUCUCAGGGAAGGACCAAACAAGCGGACAAGCUUCUGCGAAGAUACGAAACCCUGUCGCAGUCAUCAUAUCUCGACCUCGACCAAAGCGUCCAAGAGUCGAUCAACCUUCGGACCACUCGUCUCAUCGUCUUGACGCAGCAACGGGAUUGGGGAAUGGUUGAGAAGACGUGGAAUUCAAUACUCGACCGGGCCGUCAGAGCCGCACGCCCAUAUUCAGCUACGCGAAAGGCACCUACCACUGAAGAAGAAACCUUACAAGCUUCCCCUGUCCCCCCCGAAUCGGCGACGGGCAUUGAUAUGAUCGGCGGGCCCAACUUCUCAUUUACUUCCAUGAUAACCACGCCCGCUCGAGGCUCUCCACUCGAUGGACCUGACUUGAAGGUCCUCUUCUCACAAAGACAUAUUCUUGAAGCUCCAAUCACGAGAUACUUGAGAGCUCUGGAUAUUCAGAGUCUUCACCAGACUGCUGUUGAGCUCGUCGAAAGGCUAGAAAAGGUGGGGUUCUCCUUGACCAGCAAGAAUUGGAAUUUCUAUGUCCAGAUGUUGACCCGGUCAUCUGAUCCAAAACACUGGAUCCUGGCCUGCAAGACGUUCGAAGAUAGGUUCCUAGCCAACACUCCGCCCUGGCGUCAUCUUCGUGCUGGCAAAUGGUCAAUGCCGUCAUCGGCAAAAAGCGCUGCAGCUGGCAGCUUGGAGAUAUCCCGUCGUAAAACGCUGGAGAGACUCAACCGUGGACACCUCAUACCAAGCUAUGUCACUGCAGUCCACCUGGCCGCCAUUCUCCUCGAAUCCAAUCGUCGCGCUGCUCGAGGGGAUGUAUCCAUCAACGUAGAACUCUGGGCAAGUGCGCCGGGAACGUGUCGGUACAUUCGACGGAUCCCUCGCUCCAAGGACCGUAUCCAAGGCGGAGUCCUUCGUGGGAGAAAUAUUCUUGGGAACCUACAGAAACGCCAUCGUCGGCAUACUCAUCGUCAACCUCGGCCGAACGAACUCGUCGAGCAAUCGACGGAUCCGCAAUUGAGAGGUCUAGGCGACGGUGGGGUUACUUUUCUCGAUGACGUGUCCUAUGAAGGACAGCUUCCUCGAGAGUCCAGGACCGAGACGGGAGGAAAGACAGGCUCAGGACCAGUCCAGGGUGCUUUGUACAAUGCCCACGAUAGGCGUUUGGAAAACCGCGCCGAGACUCAAGGCCGACUUCGUGCGGACCGAACGGCGGUGUUUGAUGACGCUACUCGCUGUAGAAGGAGCGGGAGGUCUAGUCUAAGAAAGUUUGGAGUGGUGUCGCCAAAGACAACACCUGACGGUCGACAUCGCAGCCCCGUUAAGUCCGGCGAUUCCGGCACGGGGCCGGAAAGACCAGAAAUCGACCCUGGCAAAUAG